AUGGCACUUUGCAAAGGUUCUGGUCUUGUUGGUCGCCUUUAUGCUCCAACUCCAAGUUUGAUGAUUGGGGCUACCGUUGGUGCUAUUUUUGGAGGUUCAGCAGAAGAAUUAGUAAAUCUGCGAUUCCAGGUAUCGCAAGCAAUGGCAAAGCAUUAUGUGAAGGUCACACCUACAUUCACCAUCGAGGAGGCAACAAGGCUUAUGCAAGAGAAGCAGCAAAGCUGUGUUCUUGUUGUAUAUAAUGAAGAUUUUCUCGAGGGAAUUGUAACAUUAGAUGACCUUUGUUGUAAACGAUUUGUGCCAAGUGAAAACUCUGAUAGUACCCAGGCAAAUUCAUCGACCUUGGAUGUAAAUUCUUCUCUCGUGUCAUCAUGCCUCACUCGAGGUUUUCAGUUCCAUGGCAAUGAAAGAGGACUGGUGACCCGCUUUCCAGAAAAGGACCUGAGUACUGCCAAGGUUCUUAUGGAAGUUAAAGGGAUUAAACAACUUCCAGUGGUCAAACGUGAUGCUGGCCGUAGAAAUGAUGCGAGGCGGAAGAGCUUGAGUGGUGGAAGGCAAUAUACCAGAGAGAAUUUCCAGCAGACAACAGCUAAUGGGCACUGA